AUGUCGGGAUUUAAGGAUACUUUGAAAAGUGGAUGGCAUCCAAAAGGUAAAGAUGGAAAAUCUAAGGAAAGUUGGAGAGGAGAUUUUAAGGGACUUAAUCAAGUAGCUGGAUGGGUGGGAAAAGGUAAAGAUCCAAGAGAAGAAGCUCUAGAACAUCAAUCCAGACCAUUAUCAUCACUAAAAGAUCCUGCAUCAUUUGGUCCACCGCCAAAAAGUGUUAAAUACCAUGGAGCUGCGGCUUUACCACCUCCAACGAAUCUAUCGAGUCAAACGAGAUCAGAUGCAGGAGGAUGGGGAGCUCCAAUACCACAAAGUGAAAUAAGAGCAAAAGAAGAGGCGGAAGAGGAAGAAAGGAGAAGACAAGAAGAAGAAGCGGCGAAACCUAAACCACCACCGAUGCCAUAUCGUGCGAAUAAAACGGGAUUAUCUAUAGCACAUUUACCGCCACCUCCUGGAAGAAAAGAUGGUGCAGAUGGUAGAGCACCUGCUAUGAAUUCUAUAGCUGGUACAUCACAACCUCCUAGUUUACCACCUAGAUUACCACCACGUCAAAAUUCUAAUCCAUCAUCAUCGGCACCUUCACCUCCUCCUACAUACGACGCGGCUACUUCGGAUGCGGAUCCACAUAACGGUGUAUUGAAUCAAGGAGCAUUGAGUAGAUUAGGAGCAGCAGGAAUAUCAGUACCUGGAUUUGGAAUUGGAUCUACAAAAUCUAAACCAGCAUUACCACCACCUGCACCAACACGAAGUUCAACAAAUUCAUCACCUCCACCUCCUCCCGCGAGAACAUCUUCACCACAAAUACCCGCAAGAACUUCAUCACCACAAUUAAACGAACUUCAAUCUCGAUUUUCUAGACUUACAUCCUCAUCAUCAUUAACCUCUUCAUCUCCCAAACCCUCAGCUCCAACCGAAGGAACAACCUUUGCACAAAAACAAGCCGCCCUAAAAACAGCAUCAGCAUUCCACAAAGAUCCAACAUCAAUCUCCUUAUCCGAUGCUCGAAGCGCCGCAAGCACCGCCAAUAAUUUCAGAGAAAGACACGGAGAACAAGUAAAAUCCGGAUGGGCAUCUGCGAAUAAAUUAAAUACAAAAUAUGGAAUUGCGGAUAAAGUUGGAACAUAUGGAGCGCUUGCACAAGGAAGCGAUGCUUCACCUGGUAGAAAUGAUGGAACGGUGGAACAUUCAUCUAGUUCGGUUGGAAAUGGUUUAUCUGGAUUAAAUGUACAAUCCGUUUUGGGGAAAAAGAAACCGGCGCCUCCGCCUCCUCCUAAGAAGAGGUCGGAUUUGGGUACUCCUGGAAAUGCAACUCCGCCGCCUAUUCCUAAGGCGACUAAACCUAAGCCUUUGGUUAGUGGUUGA